AUGGCACCAAAUGCACCCGUUCAUCCACCAAAACGCAAAGUGAUUGCAUCCUUAUUAGACCAAAAUUACUAUCGCAAUCCACACUUCGCCGAAAGAGAAAACAAGAAGCAGCCAUGCUACAACAACAUGAAGAAGAACAAGAAGAUGAACAAGAACAAGAACUCAAACUCGAACAUGAACAUGAAUGCAAAAAGAAGCGUUGAAGGUGGUUCACAUCCAUGUUUGGGACCCAAUGCCAUUGAUGAUUCUUUUAGGAAUAAAAUAACCUAG